CAUAUUUUUGGCAACCUAUUGGCAGCAAAUGAAUAAAAGGAUGAAAAAUUUAUUCAUUUGUUAUUAAAAUUUUAGUAAAAAGAAAAUAAUAAAAUAAUAAAAAUUUUAUAAAAGUACUUACUCGCAAAAAUUAAAAUAAAUGCAUUUUAAAUUCAUCCAUUCCACAUACCUUCAAUGUUUACAAAAUAUUGAACAAUAAUAGAAAACAGCUGAUUCUGAAAAUGUCAUAAUAAUAGGGGAGAACUAUUUUAACAAAAAAAUAGAAAUUACAAAAAUGUUAUUCAAAUAAAAUCUAAAAGAAAUUAAAAAAAAAUACCGUUAAAACUUGAAAGAAUUUUAAAAUGAAGUUAUCCAAAUAUAUUGAAACAUUGAUUAUAAGAGCUAAACGAAAUGACAAACAUUUUUAUACUUAUAUAACAUUAGUAAUAAUUCGAAUUCUCUUAAUUUUUGUUCCUCAAACUGGAUAUAUUCAUCCCGAUGAGUUUUUUCAAUCUGUCGAAAUAAUGACUGGUGAACAGUUUGAAAUUGAGCACACAAGAACAUGGGAAUUCAAUAAUACAUUUCCAAUAAGAAGUAUGGUGGUUCCAUAUUUUUUAUUAAAAGUACCAUUAAAUUUUAUAGAUUUCUUAUCUACUUAUUCAAAAUAUUAUUUGGAAAUUGAUUUAAGGAGUAGCUAUAUGAUUUUGAUUUUCCCCAGAAUGAUAAUGUGCGCAAUAUCAUUCGUCAACGACUAUAGCAUUUACAAAAUUUGUGAAGCGUAUAGUUUACGAUAUGAAAUAAGAUUAUUGGCUUUAGGUAGUUCUUUUAUUAUGCUUACAUUUGCUACAAGAACUUUUUCAAAUACAAUAGAAAUGGCGAUAUGUUCUUUGAUAACUUAUUAUGUAGCUGAUUGUAUGAUACAUUCGAAUACUGUUAUAUACAAGAAAGAAUUCCUACAAGACCGGUAUAAAAAAGCAGAAUCCAUUAGUGAAAAAGUUAAAAUAUGGAAACUUAAGAGAACAUUACCAGCACAUAAUUAUAAUAAAUAUUUUUCUUUAUCUAUUUUAUGUGUAAUUGGUGUAUUCAACCGUCCAACAUUUUUAGUAUUCGGAGCGCCAAUGGUAUUUUUUUGGUUACUUCGAGGAAUGGGAACCAAAACAGUUAACUUUUUUGAUUUUAAUAUUAGAAUGUUAUUAUUUGUCAUCAGUUCAAUACCGACCAUAUGCUUUUGCAUCCUUGUUGAUUCUUUAUAUUAUAGAUAUCUUACAACUGGAGAAAUUCAUAUGCUACAAAUUACAAUAAAUAACUUCGUUGUAACACCAUUAAAUUUUCUCAAAUAUAAUCUUGACCCAGAGAAAACAGCAGAACAUGGUAUUCAUCCAAAAUAUUUACAUUUAUUAGUUAACAUACCAAUGUUGUAUAAUAUUCUUGGAAUAAUAGCUAUAUCUUCAUUUAUACAUUUAAUUUAUUCAUUUUUACGUGGUAUGUAUCAGGAUCUACCAAGAUCUCAAUCUAUAGUUGGAUUAAUGACUGCUGCAAUUUUUACUCCAGUUAUGGCUUUAUCGUUAAUAAAUCAUCAAGAGCCAAGAUUUUUAAUACCAAUUACAUUACCAAUAUUGCUUUUACAUUCACCAAAAUUAGUAACUGGAUUUUGUCAAACGUAUCCAUUCAAAAAUCAAAAUAAGAUUUUGUACUACAUUUUUAAUAAUUUUUUAAGUACGAGGGCAAGCGCGAAAUUUAUUUUAAAUAUAUGGUACAUUACAAACAUAUUUCUCACAAUAUUUUUUGGAUUCAUUCAUCAAGGUGGCGUUUAUCAACUUGCUCGAUAUUUUUCGAAUUCAAUGCACGCCAAACCAAGCACAAUGAAUAUACAUUUAAUUACAAGUAAUAUAUAUAUGAUGCCACUAUCAAUUGUUAAUAUUCCUAGUUCACAUCUUCUCCUAACAAAUUCUGAAACUGGAAAAAAAUAUCGCCGUAGCAAAGACUUUUAUUUAUACGAAUACGGAAGUUUGGAAAUUGAUAAAUUAUUGAAAAAAAUCAAAAUAAUUUUAGAUGUAAAUGAAAUGAAAUUUAUUAACAAAAAAAAGAUUUAUCGUAUGUAUUUGGCAGUACCUACAAGUUUAGCCGAAGACUUAAAUAUUGGAUUUCAGAAAUUUCCUGAUAUAAAAUAUGAACAAGUUAAAGUUUUUUAUCCACAUUUAUCAACUGAAGCAUUACCAAAAAUUUUUGGCCGACAUCCUUGUGAUUUACAUGUUGAUUUUGAUAAUUUACAAGGAACUUGCGAUAUUGAAAAUAAAAAUUAUUUUUCAUUUUCUUAUAUAUUAAAACAAUUUUCAUCAAUUGUACAUCAAUUUGGCUUAGCUUUAUAUAGAAUCGAAAUUGUUACAAAUUCAAAAGCAUCAACAUUACCCCAACAAUAAAAGCAACAAUUUAAUUAAAGAUAUUAUAAAUAAUUAAUUAAUAGAUUUUAAUUACAAAUUUUUAAUUCACUUUUUAUAAUUAAAUGCCAUUAAAUACCAUUCUAGUCUAAUA